CAGCCCCCUCCUCCAUCCUGGUCCUAGGGAACCUGGGCAUGGGCUGCAGCACUAUGGGCAUGCCCUGAGAACCAAGGGUCGAAGUCCUCAAGCACCCAGCCCUGCGGGGGGGGGGGCGCAGCGGGUCCCUGAGCACCAGGCCUGCCUGCUGGAGGGAGCCUGUGGUUCCUCCCCCAGGGAGCUGGGCUUGUGGGGAGCAGAGACAGACAACCCUUCAGACCCUACAUCCUGGAGAGAGCAGAUGCCCCUGGCCCACAGUGGACUUUCCCUGCUGGGUGGGUGCAAGGAGGUGAACAGAGCCUGUAAGGAAGUCCAGGGUGGCAAAGGUGUGGCAGCAGGAGGGGCCCAGGCUGGCAGCGGGGAGGAUGGGGUAGGCGCAGUACAGACUGGGGGCCCUGGCUUGGCUGAACGGCCCUGGCCAGCCCUGGAAGGAGCCAGGACCACCAGUACAGAGACGGAAGAGCCUACUCUUGGCCCAGGUUCUUUCUGAAUUUGCUCUCCAAUGCCCACAGGGACGCUGAGCCACAUGUGAGGGUUAAUUCCCAGUUCUAGAACAUCGUCCCAGCGUGUGCUGUCCUGUCUUGGGCAGGGGGCUCCAGGCUGAGGGACAGAGGAAGGGGGAGGAAAACAAAGUAAGCCCUAGUCUGAGGCCCCCAGAUGGGGGUCAGAGGAGGGAAGAGAAAUGGGGGAGAGAAUAAAGGAGGCAGUUGGGGGGCUCUCAGCUGAGCAUGACCCUGCCUGUCCCUCCACUCCUGCUCUGUGGGGGUGGGUCAGGCGGCUGGAGUGGGCGUCCCUGGAGGACAGCUUGAAGUGCAGGGAGCCCAGGUGUGGGGGAGGGCAUGAGGGAGGAGCCUGGACUGGGCGUGGAGAGCACAGAUGGGAGGUGACUUGCUGGCCAGGGCAGCUGGGCAAGCCAGCAGGGCCUCCCCCUCUGGCGCCUCCGUCCAGCCCAAGUCCCGCCUGGCCGCACCCCCUGACUCACUUCCUUUGCACAGAAGCGGAAACCUACCCAGAGCUUCCUCUCCUCGGAUGCUCCCUGGGGACCCACAGGUGCUGCUGCCCCCUCCAGGCCUGAGCGGGCCCAGGAGGCCCCAGGACACUCUCCCAGGGAGCUUGGCAUUUCCUGCUUCCUGAGCCACAGGCCCCAGCGUCUGGUGCGGGCAGGGGGCCGUGCAGCUGGGGGAGCCACUGCUGCAGGGAGGGCGACCUGCAUGCCGAGCGCGCGCGCUCCUGCGCCAUGGACCACGGCCAGCCCACCCUGGAACCCGCGGCCGAGGCCCCCCGAGCCUCGGGCCCCUCUGUGAUCGCGCCCGUGCGCGCCGUGCUGCGCCUGCGCCGCCGGGUGUGCAUCCUACGCCAGCGGCGCCUCCUGCCGCCCAGCGCGGGGCCCGACGCGGGGACGGGGACGCCCAGGCUGGGCUUCAGCUCCGGGGCGUCGCGCGCUAACCUGGACCAGCCACAGUUCUUCACCUUCGAUGGCCUGGCGGAGCUGUCCUCGAAGACGCCGCGCAAGAGGCGCCGGCGCAGCCGCGUGGUGCUUUACCCGGAAACCUCACGCAAAUGUCGGCCGCGGGUGGAGCGCAGGAGCCGCGCGCAGCGCUGCCUGCUGCUGCUCGUGGCCAUCGUGGGCUUCCAGGUACUCAACGCCAUCGAGAACCUGGACGAUAAUGAACAGCGCUACGACCUCGACGGGCUGGAGAAGACACUGCAGCGCACCGUGUUUGGCCAGCCAGCUGCCGUGGGGCGCAUCGUGGCGCUGAUGCGAGACUACCUGGCCACGCACGUGCACAGUCGUCCGCUUCUCCUGGCGCUGCACGGGCCCAGCGGCGUGGGCAAGAGCCACGUGGGCCGCCUGCUGGCACGCCACUUCCGCGCCGUGCUCGAGGACGGCGCGCUCGUGCUGCAGUACCACGCGCGGCACCACUGCCCCGAGCCGCGCGCCCCGCAGGACUGCCGCGAGGAGCUGGCGCGGCGCGUGGCCGACGUGGCGGCUCGAGCCGAGGCGGAGGAGAAGACGCCACUCCUGGUGCUGGACGAGGUGGAGCUCAUGCCGCGGCCGCUGCUGGACGAGCUGCACAGCCUCCUGCAGCCGCAGCGCUCCCACCACUUCCACAACGCCAUCUACGUGCUCCUGAGCGGCGCUGGUGGCGCCGAGAUCACGCGCUUCGUGCUGCAGAACGCGUCCCGCGCGCUGUCCCUGCGCGCCGACGCCGCCCGCCGGGCCAGGGCCGCAGCUGCGCAGGCCGAGGAGGACCUGCGCGCCAGCUUGCGCGCACUCUUGGCGCGCGAGCACCCGCUGUGGCAGGCCGCGGCCAUCGUGCCCUUACUGCUGCUGGACAAGCGGGACGUGGUCAGCUGCUUCCGCGACGAGAUGGCCGGCGAGGGCUUCUUUCCCGAGCAGGCCCGCGCCGAGCGCCUGGCCGCGCAGCUCAGUUACUACCGGGUUGCUGACCGUGAGUUCGCGGUCACCGGCUGCAAGCAGGUGGUGGCGAAGGUGAACCUCUUGUAGCGCAGGCACAGGACUGCGGGCCAGCGGGCCUGAGGGGACGUUUGGGUGGAUGGUGGCAGUAGGAAGCCAGUCGAGAACCCUGCGGCCUUGUCCCAGGCCCCCUGGUUUCCCUAAUAAACUCACAGUGGGAGCUACAGAGGCUGGUGGGGGUGGGCCAGCCCUGCGCUCUCCAGUUGCAGUCCCACCCCCCCUCAGCCCUGGGUCUGUCCCCAGGGUCGCUUUCCUGUCCUUGACUUGGCCACGGUCCUCAGCAGCAGGUCCCAGGCGUGGGCUGGCUGUUGUCAGGCAGCCCGGGGAAGUGGGCAGUCUGUUCUCAAGGUACGGGUCGGGUCUGGGGUGUGGGCAGCUCCCAGCAUCACACCAUGGGGAUGUGAACCCCGGCUCUAGGGAGCUUUCCGCAGCUUCCCGCCCACGCGCACUCAGUGCCAGGGUGGGGACUUCACCCCUGCCACCCUGACCCUUUCCUGGCCUCUGGCUCUGAAGAUGACACCCAGUGGGGUCGCAGCCAACGAUGGCGACGGUGACAGUGCUUGGGGUCCUCACCCUUGGCUCCGCCCACCCCGUGCUCUGAGGCUCGCAUUGCUGCAGAGGGGAGGCCACUCCCCUCCCCCCAGACGCCCACCCUCAGCCUGGCCCCUCCAGGUCGGGCUCACCAGAUGGUCUGUGCCCCUGGGACCAGGGGGUGGAGCGCAGGCCUCCGUGCACCUCCGCUGACAGCGUGGGCCGUCUGGCCACCCCGGUUGCGCGGACUUCCAACCCCGCGCCUCUAUAGCCUGUUGUGCCCCAAGUUCUGCCCGGGCCGCGCCCUCUGCACAGAGCGCCCUCCCUGAGCCUGCCCGCCUGGGCGCCCUAAACCUCCGGGGCUCGGAGCACACACUCCGCCUCCGGGAAGCCCUCCGGGACUCCCCUCGCAGGUGGGCUCGCCGCGCCCACGAAAGCUUUAGCGAAACGUGCCUUGGGCGCUUUUUCCGCCGGGGGGGGGGGGGGGGUGGCCGGGGAAAGGCUUCCCAGGGGCGGCAGUCGCCUGGGAAGGGUCCUCACCUCCACCCGAAGCCCGGGCGGCCUCAAUGCUGCCGCCUCGUGGCCGAGCCCGGCUCAGCCCCGGGAGCCGCCGAGGGGGUGGCCUCUGCAGUCGCGCGGGCCGCCCGCGUCCUCUCCCCGCCACCCCUGCCCCGCCGCCUGCCCCUCGACGGUCCCCGCCGAGGCCCGCCCCGGAGGAGCGCACCGUCCAGCGGGAGGGAAACAGGCGCAACACCCUAGAAGUGGGGUCGGCUUCCCGCCGGCGGUGCAGGCGGGGCUGUGCCAGGGGCGCCCGGUCCCGGGAGCGCACACGCACCUGAGCUGCGCGCACGCGUCCCCCGCCCCAUACCUGAAUUCAGUCGGACCGCUGCCCUUGGAGACCUGCUCUGCGACCGCGGUCACCAGCACUGGUGUCCCUAGAAGGGCUGGCCGGCUUCCUGAGCUGAGGUCCUGCCGGUCUCCGGAAGGAUCCCGCCUUCACUCCCACCCCCCAUACCCGUUCUGGCCCUGGGGGUGGUCUGGGGACCCGGGCGAGGUCUGUCCGGUGGAGCCCGCGAUCCACGGCGCUGGGAAGUUGGUAUCUGUCUGGGCAGAUGCAGCGCGGAGAUCCUGGGCCUAGAAUGGAGCGGCGGGGGUGAGGGUUGUCGCGUCCUGCCCAGAUAGGCCUGAGGAAUCUGGGGGCUCUCUGGGGUCUAGGGAAGGAGUCUGGAUCCCCGGGUGGUACCAAAGAAACUUCUGCCCCCUUGGGGUUGGGCAGGGCGGAUGGCGAGCUCUUGGGGCCAGAGCUGCGUUUCAGCCCAGCUCUGUCCACUGUAACCCCACUUGCUGGGUGCCUGGGGAAGGACACCCCCUUCCCCCCAAUAUCUGUCCGCUGAGCCUGCACUGGGGGUGUCCCGCUCUGCUGCCCGGGGGGCUUUGUGUUGAUGCUUGAAGGUUGUGUGUAACAGACCGCGAGAGCUGCCGAGUGGGAGGUGAGCCUGCCGGGACACCAUGAGUGAUGUCUCCUCACUCCCCACAAGGACUGUCACCUCCCCUCCCACAGAGCACCUGCCCUGGGUGUGUGCUGCCCAGCCAAGCGUGGGACAUUCAUUCCCCCGUUCUGUCAACACCACCCACCUGGCGUCUACUCCUAUCUGAAGUCUAAACCUAUGGGGAAUUUUAUCUUUUUAUUUAUUUCUAAAAAUACUACCUUGAGGCCAGUUUUUGUGCUUAGGAAGAAUGUGUGCUGAGUGCCGGGGGGGCUGGUUGUGUGCCAGGCCCGUAAGUCACCCUUGUUAAUAAAUCGUGCUGUUCCAA